AUAUUCAGAUUCCCAGGAGAAAACCAACGCCCCCCUUAGUCCUACGGCGUGUCCAGAUAGCUCCGCCGCCGGGAUUGUACUUGUACAGUUGUACUUCUCCAGCCUCUCAGAUCGACCUCAGACGAUGUCAUCCGCCCACCGACCAAACGACUGCCAUAAUGGCGGCGAUGAAAGCGGCUGCGGGCGCCACUGUCUAUCCAGAUGCUGCCUUCGUCUAGGGACUAGGCUUCCUCUUUAUUGUUUCAGCAAGGCGGGGAAGGUUGAGCCGCAGGCAAACUUCCUCGAAAGUCUUUUCAAACAGUGGGAUGAUCGCAAGGUUAAAGGCUUAUUCCAUCAUGAUACCAACGCUUGUGAAACCAAGAGCAUUCCAGGAAGAUAUGGUUUCAUUGCACACUUAAUUGAAGGGCGCGACCUCAAGAAAAGGCCGACCGAGUUUAGAAUUGAUGAAGUUUUACAACCCUUUGAUGAGAAUAAGUUCAAUUUCACAAAGAUUGGGCAAGAGGAAGUUCUAUUUAGAUUCCAAGAGAGUGAUAAUGGCAAUGCAUCAGUCAUAACGUCAGAGUCUCCAAAUGUUAUCGCGAUCAAUGUCAGCCCGAUCGGCUACGGUCAUGUGCUCCUAAUUCCUUGUGUUUUGGACUGCUUACCGCAAAGGAUCAAUAAGGAGAGCUUCUUUCUUGCUAUGUCCAUGGCAAAGGAAGCCAACACUCCCUAUUUCAGAGUUGGUUACAACAGUUUGGGUGCCUUUGCCACCAUUAAUCACCUCCAUUUUCAGGCUUUCUACCUUGCAGAAACAUUUGCAGUCGAGAAGGCUCCAAUUCAAACUAUUGCAACCCUCAAAACUGGGGUCAAAAUCUCUCGACUUGUAGAUUAUCCUGUAAGAGGUCUUCUAUUUGCAGGUGGAAGCAACUUUAAGGAUCUUUCAGAUACCGUCUCGGCUGCCUGUAUUUUCUUGCAAGAUAGUGGCAUCCCCUACAAUGUCCUGAUAUCUGAUUCUGGUGGAAGAAUUUUCCUCCUCCUCCAGUGUUUUGCCGAGAAGCGGUCUCGUGGGGAAGUUAGCCAGGAGAUUGUCGAAACACAAAUGAAUCCAGCAGCAUGGGAGCUGAGUGGCUAUCUAGUGAUGAAAAGAAGGAAGGAUUUCGAGGAAGCAUCUGAAGAUACAGUAUUGAGUUUCCUAAACCAGACCUCUGUGUCUGCAAGUAUGUUCGGAGGAAUCUCAGAAAGCAUCUUGGAAGCUCUUUGUGAUGGAUUUCAACCAUGAUUGAUGAUUCCAUCAUGAACACUACUGAAUUAUCUUCAUUUUUUCAAAACUAGAAGAACAAUUCUCUCUGAUCAAAACAGCUUGUCAGUAACUGGAUUGUCAAUGUUCAUCUAUCUAAUCAUGAUUUGGUCAAUAAAUACCAAGCAUUUGUUACUGGAUUGGGGUGAAGAAGACUCCAGUGAUGGCAGUAAUUUGUGAAUUCUAUUGAACAAAACUCAAAGUGUUCCUUUUUACUUUUUGAUUUAUUAUCAAAAUGAAGCCUUUGAAAUUGUCCUUAGUUUUUUGCGCUAUUGUAGCCGCUACAAGAUCAAAGCUGUUAACUGCUGCACAAUUAUUGCAA